AAUAUAUGGUUUUUUCUCUGUUUUUGUGUAUUUGUUUUGGAUUUGCCUUCGUUCGACUACUUGCCUUGCAGUUAACUUGUGAGCCAGUAUCUUACUGAGCGUUAGCUGAAGCCUUACAGUAUUAUAGAAGCGAGCAAAGUGAUAACUUCUUAAUAAAUUCUAGUGCUGAUAAAACAAAGUGUUUAAUUCUAGUUUGUUUCUUGUUUUGUGUUUUUUUUUUUGCUGAAAAUAACUAAAAAUGCCAAUUGUUCAAACUGUUCUUGGACCCAUCGAACCCAAUCUACUGGGUCGUACACUUACCCAUGAGCAUCUCGCAGUCGAUUUCGAAGGUUUCUAUUGUGAACCACCAGAGGAGUUUAAGCCAUAUCUGAAGAAAAAAAUCUGUCUGGAAACCGUAGGCUACGUGCGUCAGUAUCCCUAUUCAUCGCAUGAAAAUAUUCACUUUUAUGACGAGGAGGCACACGAGGCGGUCAAGAAAGAUAUACAACUGUAUAAGAAAUACGGCGGUGGCUCAAUUGUAGAGAAUAGCUCGCAUGGACUGAAACGCAAUCUUGAACUUAUGGUGGAUGUGGCGAAAGGCACAGGUGUACAUAUAAUUGCCGGCACUGGACACUAUGUGCACAAUCUGCAGGAAAAGGAUCACUUGGGUAUGACGGUGGAGCAAUUGACCGAUUUAUAUUCGAGAGAAAUCAUUACUGGUGUUGAGGUGGAGGGUGUGGGUAUGGUCAAGUGCGGCUAUAUUGGUGAAGUGGGUAGCGUUUAUCCAUUACAUGAUUUUGAGAAGCGCGCCAUACGGGCCACUGGCGAAAUACAGGAAGUGCUCGGCUGUGGUGUUUCCUUCCAUCCCGGUCGUGAUGCAGAGGCGCCAUUCGAAAUAAUGCGUCUCUAUUUGGAGGCCGGUGGUCGUGCUGACAAGGCCAUUAUGUCGCAUGUGGAUCGCACCCUAUUGGACAUCGACCAAGUGCUAGAGUUCGCCAAGUUAGGCAGCUACAUUCAAUACGAUCUCUUCGGUACUGAGUGCUCAUUCUACCAGUUAAGUCCUACAGUUGACAUGCCGUCAGAUGGUCAGCGCAUUUCGAAUGUACUGAAACUGCUAGAGGAGGGUUUAGUGAAUCGAAUUUUCCUAUCACAUGAUAUACACACGAAACAUCGUUUGACUUCCUAUGGCGGCCAUGGCUAUCACCACGUUUAUAUGAAUAUUCUGCCACGCAUGUUUGCCAAAGGCGUUUCAGUUGAAGAUGUCGAGCAGAUAACCGUUACAAACCCAGCAAAUUGGCUGCAAUUUAACAUAUAACUUGUAGAAAGCUUAAAAGAAAGAAUGUCAAACAGUUUUUGCAGCAUAUUUUGUAUUCUAACUGCUAUUAUUUAUGUGUAUUCAUUUUGUUAUAAAAUUCUGUUUUUAUAAAAUUAUAUUCAAUGAUUAAAGUUGUUAUAUAAUAUCAUGUCUAGAAGUCUAUUUUGAAUUUUGUAAAGUUUUUUUUUAUUGUUUUCGAGUUAAUAAAGCUAAACGAUUUUCAAAUUUGAACUUUAA